AUGGCUCACCUAGAAUCUCGCAAGCAUAUCUCCACGGACUCUGGUUUCCCGAUCACACUGCAUCCGCAUUUCAACGAGAAAGUAAAGAGCCACGUUCCCCCGGAACCACUCCGAACUCCAAUUACCCCGCCUCCAGACAGAGCAUUGUUCGCAGAUCCAGAGAAAAAAGCGCUGUUCACUGUGGCAAAGCGAGCUGACCUGACUGAAUCAAUUGGAACUGUACUCGAGGGUGUGCAGUUAUCCCAGUUGAAUGAGACUCAACUGGAUGAACUAGCGCUGCUUGUAAAUGAGCGUGGUGUUGUUUUCUUUCGUGACCAGGACCUCACUACUGCGAAGCAGGUUGAACUGUUUCAGCACUAUGGGAUUUUGGACAGGCAUCCGGCUCAAAAGUUCGUGAGCAUCCAAGGUAGCCGCGAAGAUCACCGAGAAAUUUUGAGUUACACCCCAUGGCCAAGUGGAGACUUCCACGCCGAUACCUCAUUCGAGAUCAAUCCGCCAUCUUACUCGCUUCUGCGAAUGGAGGAGCACCCUGAAGUUGGUGGUGACACCGCCUGGGUGUCACAAUAUGGUUUAUACGACGCCCUGAGCAAUGCUUACAAGAGGUUCCUCGAUGGUCUCCACGCGGUGCAUACCUCAAGAUUACAGUACGAUACCAUCAUCGAUCUUUGGGGAGCUGGUCCAAACCGCCCUCCAAUCGAUACCCAUCAUCCCGCCGUCCGAACUCACCCCGUCACCAAGUUGAAAGCUCUCAAUGUCAACCCUGGAUUCGUGACUGGGUUUGCUGAGCUCAAGAAGCUGGAGUCUGACAAGAUUCUCGAUUUCUUGGCAUAUCAUAUUCACUCGGCAGACGAUCACUCCGUCCGAUGGAAGUGGGCGGUUGGCAGUGUCGCGAUGUGGGACAAUCGCUGCACUCUUCAUCGGGUCAUCCCGGGAACCUACACAGGAACCAGACGUGGUAUUCGGACAACAGUGUUUGGCGAAAGACCUUCCUUCGACCCUGCAAGUGAGAGUAGAGCAGAGCGCGUACUGCGUGAAGAGAGCGAACACGAAGGAAAGGACGGUGUUUGA